AUAUACCCCCGUGCCCUUCCCUCAACCCUCAGUGGCCAGCCUACAGCCGCCUAGGAAGGUCAUCCCUAUGGCUCUCCGCGUCUUGGUCGUCACGGCUCUGGUGGGUCUGGGGUCACCGGAGUCCACCAGCCACGUGUCCAUUGCCUUCGGGGACCAGGAGCCGGUCAGCUACCAGGUCCUCCGGCACCCCCACCGACCCUCAGCACCCAAAGGGGAUCACCCAGAGGAACCCGGCACCGUCACCCCAAAAGGCAACCCCGCCAGCGCCGCCUUCUCCCCCCCAGACCUCACAAAGGCUUCGAGCCCCGCCACGACCCUCGCCCCGAAAGAGGCAUCCACUCCGCCCCACGUGACCUACCGCCCCACUUCCGAGGCUGGGUCUGAGCCCCCCCCUGCCUCCCCCCCAGACGAGGAGCACGCCCCAGAGGCCAUGGUUACGCCCUCACGAUCUCCCAAGAAACAGCCUUCACACACACGCCCUCCGCCGGGUUAUCGCCCCGCCCCAUCGCACGACGCGGCCCCCUACUACUACCUCACGCACGCACAGUCAUACAAUUACGCCCCGGCCUACCGCCCCGCCGCCGCCCCGCUGUAUAACUAUGUUCCAUCCUACGGCCCCGGCCAGGCCCCGGCUUACCCCGCUGAGCCCGCCGUGCCCGCCUGCGCCGAGGCAACUAACGCCACGUACUGCACGGAGGACGAGGCCUACCCCGAGUACGAGAUCAAGCACGCCAUUCAGUACCACCUGGAGAAGUUCAACAACCUGUACGCCGAUGUGGCAGACCUCAACACGGAGCUGUCGGUGUACGGACCAAAGACCCUGGACGAGGAGACGUACCUCUGCCCCUCCGAAACCACCUACGUCAGGCCGCUGCGCGCGCUCAACACGGAGGGCAAGUGGUGCGUCAUCGUGAACAAGGUGAAGGUCCACUACGAGGUUGUGACGCAGACGGCCCGCGUGGAGGAGUGCCGGGGCCAUGCGGAGUGCCCCAAAGUGCCCAGCUGCUACGAGUCCAGGUGUGUCCAAAAGUCCAUCUACCACCGCUUCCUCGUCUACGACCCCUACGACCAGUACUUCCCCUUCGCCGUGGAGGCCUUCAAGCUGCCCGCCAGCUGCGCCUGCCUCCUCGGCGCCUCCACCCUCGAGGACUAGCACCCCCACCAUUACUACCCACCCCUACCCACCACCCACACGCAUAAACUCACCUACAAACUCAGAACCCCCCCACCCACCCCCACCCAAAUUCAUCACCAAACCCACCCACCCAUCCCCAAACUACCCUACCCCGACCCCCACACAUACACACCCAUAAACACAGGAUCCCUCCCACCCCCACCACACCCAAACUAAUUUUUUUUUUAGAAGAGAGGGGGAAGAGAAGAGAGGAGGGAGAGGAAGGGCGAAGUGAGAAGAGAAGGGACAAACUCACCCACCCAUACCCUCCCACAAAAAACUACACUCACACCCACACUCACGGGUCCACCAACACCCACCCCCACCCACUAACUCCCAUCCCCACACACAUCCGCGCCCACCCACUCCCAUCAACACCAACCCACACACACGCCCCCACCUACCCCCCCCACCUCAAUCUUGUACCUGUGCUCAGCCCCACGCGUGCCUCACAAUACAACAUGCCACACGGGUGAUUAGGAACAAUAAUGUGCUCACGAGGGAAGCGCGCACUUAGGCAAACAUGUACGAGUAGAUUAAAGAGUUCUUCGUCGAUUAGCAACGUAAGUGAAGGCGUCUCCGGAUCGCUAACAUUAGGAGGAUAAGGUAAUAUAAGACUUGAUACGAGUAGCCACGAGAUAGGUUUAAGUAAGUCGGUGUUGUAAGUAUGACCUCGGUGAAUAAAGUAACAUGAACAGAGAUGGUACACUUACAUACUUGUGAACAUAUUUUUUUUCACAUAAUCUCCUCCCGUCAUUGACCUCUCUUUCGGCCACAUCUUUUGAUUCUUUUUUUAGGAGCGAGUAGCGGGCUUUUUUUAUUUUUAUUAUUGUUUCCUUUUUUUGUGUGCCCUUGAGCUGUCUCCUGUGUUGUAAAAAAAACAAAAACAUAAUGAUUAAGAAAACCUAACUCAGUCAACCUAAUAUGUAAAACGAAGGGAAAAAGUCGUCUGUCUUUUUUAAUAUACAUUCUACAAACCACGACAGAUUAGAAAAUACUAUCAUAGACUCCUUAAAUAUUACAUAGACAGAGCUUGAAGGAAAAUACAACUCUUCCCACGUUUUGAAUGAUUUGUAAGGGCAUAACUUUUUAGUAUUUGGGUGUACUUUCACUGUUCCCAUGACUACACUAACGAGAUUGAGGUUAAUAAGAGAUAAAAAGAAAAACUGUUGAGCGGUACGUAAGGAAGCAGUUCUCUAGUCAUCUUGGGGUGAAAAAAAAUGUAUAAGUGACUUGAAGGAGAAUUAAUAAAUGCAUAAAUAUUGAA